CCAGUUCGCAAAAGGCAGAUUUACUGCGAGGCUUGCCUGUCUCUCAUGACUUUUUAAUGGCAAAAGUUCUUGGUUCUCAACAUGUUAUGUUGUCUGCAUAAAAUAGCCUCCAUUUUCUCCUAGUUUAGACUACAAWAACGAAGCUGUUUCAAGCAAUUGUGGUAGGGUAUGACUGAUGCAAGCGUGAAUAACGAURCCAAGUGGACUCUCAACAAACAACUAUAUUUCUACAACGUAAUGGAUUGUCAAUAAUAUAACUCAAGGGAUCGAUUCGGAGGUAAUUAAGUCAAAAUGAAGAACAUAGCAACUGUAUUAUGCUGUUUACUAGCAUCAAUAGCGUUUGUAGACUGUAGCAAUGUGGAACUCGGAUAUACAGAAAGAAUGCAAAAAGCCAAGAAUUUAUCUCGAGUUAUCAAUUACAUUAUAAAAGACAGUGGUUAUGAUAUCAUGGCACGCCCAAAUGAUGGAGGUGAGCCAGUUGAUGUCACAGUAGAAUUAAAGAUAGUUUCUUUUGGUGAGUUCCUGGAAGCAAGAAUGGAAUAUUCGAUGGAUAUCUAUUUUCGUCAAUGGUGGGUGGAUCCACGGUUCAAACAUAACGUCGAUAGAACAUUCAACAUUGCUGGCGAUGCCACUAAACUAUUUUGGACUCCUGAUACAUACUUUGUCAAUGCCAAGUUAUCUGUUUACCAUUUUAUUACGAGGGAGAACAUGAGGAUUAUGAUUUGGCCGGACGGGAGGAUAUAUUUUAGCACAAGGAUUACACUAACUGUUCAAUGCAGCAUGGAUUUUAGACUUUAUCCAAUGGACACACAACGUUGCCCUCUAGUUAUUGAAAGUUAUGCCCAUACAGUGGAAGACAUUCGGUACGAGUGGAAAAGUGGUAAAAAGGGAGAUGGAAUAGAAGUCGUAUCAGAAAGAAUCGCACAGUUUGAACUUCUGGAAGUAAAAAAGGAUUCUGGAGCUCAAUCAAAUAGUAAAGGAUCGUUCUCGAGUGUCAAAGCUUGGUUUUCGUUCAAGCGUCGGACAACAUAUUUCUUCUAUCAAAGCUUUAUGCCUACAAUAUUUCUGGUUAUCAUAUCAUGGUGUCAAUUUUGGAUUUCAGCCGAAGCUGUUCCUGCGCGGGUCAGCCUGUCUGUAACCACUGUAUUGGCUAUACUAUUCUUGUCUUCAACAAUUAAUGAAAAUAUGCCGAAAGUAAGCUACAUGAAGGCAAUUGACUAUUUUCUAUCGGUGUCUUUUCUAUUUAUCUUUUGCACACUUCUGGAAUAUGUUAUUGUGYURAAUACGGAGCCUUCAAAUCGACGAAAAGAAAAGAARGAUACUGAUGAYGGGCAUAUGAACGGCCAUGCUUUUAGGGAAAGAAGGGGAGAUCAAGAUCUUGAGAACAUGAAUGUAGUCAUAACAAUCAUGGAUCGUAACGGUACCAACUGCACUGAGAGACACAAACAUGGCAAGCACUUUGUUGCAGAGGGAGACACUAGAACUUUAUACAAUAGCGAUGGCAGCUACCACCGUGUCGAUAAAUGGUCACGUGUUUGCUUUCCUCUGACCUACGCGCUCUUUUUAAUAGGUUAUUGGCUGUAUUACUCAUAUGUGUACAACGCCCUAUGAGGAGAUUCAUCGAUCGAUAUUUGAUUAGUAAUAAUUUUAUUUAUCAGAUUGACGAAAAGAUCUAAACAACAUGGCAUCGGUGAAUCGAUAUUUGAUUAAUCAUUUCAGGAUUAUAAUUAUUAUCGACCAAUAUAUCAUAAUCAUUAAUGAUUUAAUAAUGAACUAUCAUGUAUGUCAAGGGAAGUAAUGUUCUCAUCAUGCAAUGAAAUGCUGGCAUCUUCUUUGUUCAAGAGUAGUUAGUAGAUCUCAUGUAAACAACAUGUAUCAUAGUUAGUAGAGAGGAAUUUCCCCUCUACUAACUAUGCAUGUAUCGAGAAGUGUCAAAAUUUCAUUAAAAGGGAUUUACUAUAUAGGAAAGGAAAUGAUUAAAGCUUAAAAA